AUGGCGUCCUCACCUGGUAAUACUAACCCUCACAAUCCUCCUCCGUUCGAUCUCAGUAAUCUCUUCAAACCCUCAUCGAACCCUUUUCCCACUCCUCCGGCAUCUUAUCCUCCGCCAACAGGUCCUUUUCUUCACAACCAGUACAAUCAGCAGCUCUUCGCUCCUCCUGGAAUCGCCGCCCAACCAUCUCCGGUGAAUCAGACGCAGCAUCAGCAACAGGAGAUGCCUCCCACUUCCUCCGCUACUAACUUGCUCCAACAGAGAUCACUAUCUUUUCCCACGCCACCUCUAAAUCUUCAAUCCCCCCGUGGCAAUAACAAUCCCGGAACACACAUCCUGGCUCUACUCAACAAUAACAACGGCGGAGGCGUCAGGGAAGGCGCCGUGCCCAACCAAGAGCCGCCGAUUCAGCUCCCAGUAGUCAAUCCACACGAGAUCGCUCGCUCGUUUCCUAGCGGUUCGGGUCCUAUUCGUGUUCCUAGCUGUAAGCUGCCCAAAGGAAGGCGAUUAAGUGGUGAACAUGCGGUGUACGAUGUGGACAUGAGAUUACACGGAGAGAUUCAGCCGCAGCUAGAGGUGACUCCAAUUACUAAAUACGGGUCGGAUCCUCAGCUCGUAGUGGGUCGGCAAAUCGCCGUGAAUAAGGUCUACAUAUGCUACGGAUUGAAAGGAGGAAACAUUCGAGUUCUCAACAUAAACACGGCUUUGAGGGCUUUGUUCAGAGGCCACUCUCAGAGAGUGACGGAUAUGGCUUUCUUUGCCGAGGAUGUUCAUCUGUUGGCUAGCGUUAGUCUAGAUGGAAAAGUUUUCGUGUGGAGAAUUUCUGAAGGGGCUGAGGGAGAUGAUCAGCCUCAGAUCACUGGAAACAUAGUUCUUGCUCUUCAGAUUCUAGGAGAGGAAGAUACCAAACAUCCACGCGUUUGUUGGCACUGCCACAAGCAGGAAAUAUUGGUUGUUUCAAUUGGUAAACAUGUGCUGCGAAUUGACACUACCAAAUUUGGCAGAGGUGUAUUCUCUGCCGAGGCACCUGUGCAGUGUUCUCUUGAUAAACUAAUUGAUGGUGUCCAGAUUGUGGGUAAACAUGAUGGGGAAGUUACGGAUUUGUCAAUGUUCCAAUGGAUGACCACGCGCCUGGUUUCUUCUUCAGUUGAUGGCACGGUUAAAAUAUGGCAAGAUCGUAAGGAACAACCACUUGCAUCUUUCAGACCUCAUGAUGGACACCCGGUCAAUUCAGCCACAUUUGUGACAUCCCCUGAGAGACCUGAUCACACCAUACUUAUAACGGGGGGUCCUCUAAAUCGAGAAAUGAAGAUCUGGGUCUCAGCUGGGGACGAAGGGUGGCUCCUGCCAGCUGAUGCUGAGUCAUGGAAGUGUACGCAGACACUUGACUUGAAAAGUUCAGCUGAGCCACGAGCUGAGGAGGCAUUUUUCAACCAAGUCAUAGCAUUGUCUGAUGCAGGCCUGCUUUUACUUGCAAAUGCGAAAAGGAACGCCAUAUAUGCGGUGCAUUUAGAGUAUGGCUCUUCUCCAGUUGAUACACGGAUGGAUUACUUGUCCGAGUUUACAGUCACUAUGCCUAUAUUGAGUUUUAUAGGGACAAAUGAUCCUCCAGAGGAACCAAUUGUUAAGGUUUAUUGUGUUCAGACUCAGGCAAUCCAGCAGUAUACAUUGGACUUAUGCUUGUGCUUGCCACCUCCUAUAGAGAAUGUGAGUUUGGAAAAGUCAGAUUCUAGUGUUUCGAGGGAGGCAAAUCUUGUUGAAGGCUUGUCAGGAGCAUCUGGACUAAAGCCUACAGAAUUACCUUCGGUUGAUUCAGUGCCUAAACCAACUCUUUUAGGGAAUAGAUCUGAGAGUGGCAAUACGUCAAGUUUUCCAGCGGGUCCUGCAUCGGGAGAGUCCACAGCACCAUCAAUUGUUCCAUCCAACGGUGAGCCUAAAAUAUAUGGGCUGCCAUAUGAAACCAUUGAUACCGGUUCUGCGUAUGCUCCUUCACCACAGCUUCCUCUAAGUCCCAGACUCUCGAGUAAACUUUCUGGCUAUCACACUCCUGUAGAAGCUAUUGAGCAAGUAUUACCUCGUUGUGAGCUUGGUGGCAAAGCACCUUCUGCUGAUUAUUCUGUUGAUAGGCAAAUUGAUGCUUCUGGGGAAAGCAAUUUGGAUGCGUCUUCCAUUGAGGAAAGCUCAAAAGGCAAGGACAAAAAUGUUACACCUGAUGAUGAUGGGCCUGGCAUUCGUCUUGUAAUUCCUUCAGAUUUUCUUAAGGGCGUUUCGUCCACUGAAACCUCCAUUACAACUGAAGAGAAGAGGGAUAGAGAUGCAAAUAUUCAGGACGUGAAUAAUGAUGCAAGAGGGACAGAAGUUGAAGUAAAAGAAGUGGGUGAAGUAAGGUCGACGCAGAAUGGUGAAAUCAGUUAUCAUGACGAAACUGAGCUUCGACCUUCAGAAAAUAUAGAGAACAUCUUCCCCUCACAGGCUUCAAAUCUCAGCACUGAGAUCGCAAGAGACUGUUAUCCUAGUACAGUGGAAACUUCCAUUCCAGAGGUAUCUAAGACAGCUGGGGAUGAUAGUGGUCUUGACCCAAGAGGGUUGUCUGCAAAGCUUUCUGAGUCGGUUUCAUCUAGUGGGCUUCCACAAUCGGCUGCUACAAAUAUCAAAGGAAAGAAACAGAAGGCCAAAAGCCCACAGACUCCCGGAUUGUCAUCUACAUCCUCAAAUCUGGCUGACACCUACAAUGAGCAAAGUCAUCUCAUGACAGAUUCACUUCCUCAAAUCGUAGCUAUGCAAGAAACGAUGAAUCAGAUAAUGGCAUCGCAGAAGGAGAUGCAGAGACAACUAUCAAAUGCUGUCAACGGCCCUAUAAUUAAAGAAGGUAAAAGACUAGAAGUGGCUUUAGGGCGAAUGAUUGAGAGAUCCAGCAAGUCAAAUGCUGAUGCUCUAUGGGCGCGCUUCCAAGAGGAGACUGUUAAGAAUGAAAAGGCACUGCACAACCAUGGCCAGCAAAUUGUGAAUGCUAUGACGAACUUCAUGAGCAAGGAGUUAAAUGCCAUGUUUGAGAAAACGAUAAAGAAGGAAUUUGCUGCACUUGGUCCGAACCUGGCGCGUACAGUUACUCCAGCGAUUGAAAAGACUGUAUCUUCUGCAAUCACAGAGUCCUUCCAGAGAGGACUUGGUGACAAAGCAGUCAAUCAGCUUGACAAAUCUGUUAAUUCAAAGCUCGAGGCAACCAUAGCUAGGCAAAUUCAAGCCCAAUUUCAGACCUCUGGCAGGCAAGCCCUCCAGGAAGCUCUUAGGUCGGGUCUGGAGUCCUCAGUCAUACCAUCCUUUGAGAGGUCAUGCAAGACCAUGUUUGAACAGAUAGAUUCGGCAUUCCAGAAAGGGAUCGCUGAGCAUACAAACGCAGCCCAGCAACGUUUUGAUUCUGGACACUCCCAGCUCGCUCAUACUCUAAGGGAAAGCAUUACUUCAGCGUCAUCAGUUGCUCAAGCCUUAGCCGAGAGCCAAAGGAAUCUGUUAGCUCUUGCAUCUACUGGAACAAAUCCUGGUGGGUCAAACCCCUUGGUUACUCAACGAAGUAGCGGAGCUUUGGGUGCUCUUCUUGAAAAGGUUGAAGCACCUUUGGACCCAACGACAGAACUAUCAAGGUUGAUAUCCGAACGCAAGUACGAAGAAUCAUUUACUUCGGCUCUACAAAGAAGCGAUGUCUCUAUAGUGUCGUGGCUUUGUUCACAGGUGGAUCUUCUGGGACUGCUGAGGAUGAAUCCGCUUCCACUGAGCCAAGGCGUGCUUUUGUCACUUCUGCAACAGCUGGCUUGUGACAUGAGCAAGGACACAUCCCGUAAGCUUGAUUGGAUGACCCAAUUGGUUGCAGCGAUAAACCCAGCAGACCAGAUGAUUGCGGUCCACGCUCGCCAGAUUUUUGAACAAGUCUAUCAGAUUCUGCACCACCACCGUAACGCACCGGGUAACGCAACUAGCAGGGACGUCUCUGCCAUGACAAUUCUAAUGCACGUCAUCAACUCCAUGAUUAUGGGCUGCAAAUGA